UCAGAUUCCGACUCCACAAAACCCAAAACGAAACCAAACUUCCCUCUCCAAAUUCCCUCUUCUAUUCCUCUUUUGGUCAACACAUUGCUAUUUUCUUAUAUUAAUUUCCUCAUUUUUUUUCUUCUUUUGAAAUCGGGGUUGCUUGUUUGCCCAAUCUCAAAUUGCAUGAUACCGACAUUUUCGCUGUAGAGAAAGACUUUCAGUUCGGAGCUCUCUCUCUGACUGGUAGCUAGGCUAUAGGGAUUAACCCUUACUUCUCCGACGGUCGUUUUUUUAUUUGCCGCGAAAAGUUCAGAGGACUUCGUCUCUGAAAUCGGAGAAGCAGCUGAUUUGGAUUAGAUUUCGAAUUGGGAUUAGCUUAUGGGUUUUCGCGGAUUCGAUGAUAGGCCAAAACCCAUUUUGUAAAUUCAACUGAUUUAUAAAUGGGCAGAUUUGUUGGUACCUUUCUGUUGCCUCUGCUGCUGCUUGCAGCUGCUUGCAUUCACUGGAGCUUGAUCUCUCUUGUUGAUUUGAUAGCUUUUCUUCUUAUUGUAUAUCAUGCCCCGAAAAUAGGAUUUCAUUUUGGAAGGAGGCUUUUAUUUUUGUGGUUCAUCAUCAUAUUUUCUUUAUUUGUUAUUUUCUCUGAAGUUCUAUAUCUGGUCAUAUGGGCCAUCGAGGGAAAUAUAUGGAGUAUAGCACAAGCGUGGUGGGGAAAGCUCAUUGGAUUCUUGAUAGCUGAGUCAUGGAAAUCACCAUCUGUGGUAUACUUUUUGGUGCUUCAACUCUCCAUAGUUGCUGUUUCGUUAGUUGAUUUGUAUGGGAACAGAUUUGGUCUUUCUUCAUCAUAUGAUUCAUGUUGGGGACAAUUCUCAUCAACUGUUGAUCGCUUAGAAGGUUCUCAUCUAAGGGUUGCUUCUUGCUUGCUGUUGCCUGCUAUUCAACUGGUUGUUGGAAUCAGCCAUCCAUCAUGGGUUUCUCUACCAUUUUUUAUUGGGAGCUGUGUUGGUCUUGUGGAUUGGUCCUUGACAAGCAAUUUUUUAGGACUUUUCAGGUGGUGGAGGCCCUUUCACUUGUAUGCAGGCUUCAACAUUGUCUUGCUUUAUCUGUAUCAGCUCCCUGUGGAGUUUCCAGUUAUGUUACAAUGGGUAGCUGAUUUCAUUGGUCUCUUCAAAAUAACUUCAGGUUCCCAAUGGACCGAAGUUUGUUCAAGCUUCUCUCUUGUACUUUUCUACAUAAUGUUAGCCUGUGUUAAAUGUGAUCUGGAGGAGAUGGAUUUUAUCUUGUCUAUGAAAGAAAAUAACUUGAUGGAGCAUCUUCUUCCCUCAAAGCAUUCAUUUUUCAUUCGUCAAUCUAGAUCUGGUGCAAGGCAUACAAAUGUUUUGUUGACAGGGGCAGUUUUCCGGACCUUCAGUAUCAACUUUUUCACAUAUGGUUUUCCGGUAUCCUUGGUUGCUCUUUCCUUUUGGAGUUUUCAUUUUGCAAGUGUUUGUGCUUUUGCGCUACUUGCAUAUGUUGGCUACGUCAUAUAUGCAUUCCCUUCCUUAUUCCGUUUGCAUCGAUUGAAUGGGCUGCUUCUUGUCUUCAUUCUCUUGUGGGCUGUUAGCACAUAUAUCUUCAAUGUAGCCUUCACAUUCUUGAAUUGGAAAAUUGGGAAGGUAGGUCUUGGAAUAUUGGUUGCGUUGGGUAAUCUUGUGAACAACUCGGUUUUCCUUUGCUUGUCUGAUGAGGAAGGGCGAUCAUCAAAUGAAAAUAGUAUUAUCGAAGGCGAGGGAGAGACCAAAGUUUUGAUUGUUGCCACAAUUGCUUGGGGACUGCGCAAAUGCUCUCGGCCUAUCAUGCUGGUGCUGAUAUUUCUCAUUGCCAUGAAACCUGGUUUCAUCCACGCAGUGUAUGUGAUGUUCUUUUUGAUCUAUCUUUUGAGCCACAACAUUAACAGAAAAUUACGCCAGUCUUUGAUACUCCUAUGCGAGGUUCACUUUGCACUAUUGUAUAUCAUUCAGAUCAAUCCGAUCUCCAAUAGUUUGGAGCAAGAAGGCUCUUUGAGUGCAGAAGUCCUAUUGCAGUUAGGUCUCCUUGAAAAGGAAAGCUCAUGGGAUUUCUUGGAAAUAGCUUUGCUUGCUUGCUUCUGUGCAAUUCAUAACCAUGGUUUCGAAAUGCUUUUUUCGUUCUCAGCGAUUGUGCAACAUACCCCUAGCCUUCCUUUUGGAUUUAGCAUUUUGAAAGCUGGUCUGAACAAAUCCGUACUGUUGUCAGUGUAUGCCUCCUCGUCCACUAAUUACAGCCAUGACAAUCCUUCUUAUGAGAGAAGAAUAGCAUUGUUCCUCAGUGCAAUCGGACAGAAGUUCCUAUCUAUGUACCGAUCAUGUGGAACCUACAUUGCCUUUCUGACUAUUCUUGUUAGUGUUUACCUGAUGAGACCGAAUUAUAUCUCAUUUGGGUACAUAUUUCUCCUUCUCGUUUGGAUAAUUGGAAGACAACUUGUUGAGAGAACAAAAAAGCGCCUGUGGUUCCCAUUAAAAGCAUAUUCAAUUAUGGUAUUCAUAUUUAUCUAUAGCUUGAGCAGCUUCCCCAGCAUUGAGGCUUGGUUGUCCAGGUUGAUAGACCUUAAAUUUUAUCUGGGGUAUGAGUCAAAAGCUUCAUGUUUGGAAAAUGUUUGGGAGUCCCUAGCAGUCUUGAUUGUGAUGCAACUUUACAGCUAUGAGAGGAGGCAGAGUAGGUACAACAGGUCAGAUGGUCCUGAUUUGACAGAGUUUGGAGUGCUUGGGUUCGUAAAGCGGUUUCUCAUUUGGCACAGCAACAAGAUCUUGUUUAUUGCAUUUUUCUAUGCAUCUUUAUCUCCAAUUAGUGCAUCUAGCUUUUUGUAUCUCCUUGGCCUUGUUAUCUGUUCAACUUUACCUAAAGCUUCACGAAUUCCGUCUAAAUCAUUCUUGGCAUACACAGGAUUUCUAGUAACAGCUGAGUAUCUUUUUCAGAUGUUGGGUAGCCAGGCAGCAAUGUUUCCUGGACAAAAGCACUAUAAUAUUUCUCUUCUUUUGGGUUUCCGUGAGUUUAAACCUGGUUUUUGGGGUCUAGAAUCUGGAUUGAGAGGAAAAGUUCUUGUGAUUGCUGCAUGCACCCUUCAGUAUAAUGUUUUCCACUGGUUGGAGAGGAUGCCAAGUACUAUUCUAAGCAAAGGAAUGGGAGAGCCUUGUCCACUGUUUCUGUCAGCAGAAGAUACAAAUAUCAGUGCUACCAUCCCUAGUGAGGAUAACAGGCCAUCAACCUCAUUUUCUGUGAAGCAAGAAGGGGCGAGAAGCCAUUCAUGGCCAUUUUUCUCCCCUAGUCUGUUGCAUUCACAUAAUCCCUCAUCCCCAAAAGCAGGAACUUCUAAGGGUAGUAGCAGUGGCAAAUAUUCAUUUGGAUACAUUUGGGGAAGCACCAAGGAGAGUCAUAAGUGGAACAAGAAAAGGAUCCUUGCCUUGCAAAAGGAGAGAUUUGAAACACAAAAGCUCAUCUCAAAAAUCUAUAUUAAAUUCUGGUUGGAGAAUAUGUUCAAUCUCUUUGGUCUUGAGAUAAACAUGAUUGCCCUACUUCUUGCAAGCUUUGCUUUGUUGAAUGCCAUAUCUAUGCUAUACAUUGCAUUGCUUGCUGCUUGUAUUAUUUUGAAUCGGCAGAUUAUACGUAAGUUAUGGCCAACGUUCGUCUUCCUGUUUGCGUCCAUUCUCAUUCUUGAGUACUUUGCCAUCUGGAAGAGUACAUGGCCUCCAAAUCAUCCUGAUGCAACUAAUCCAUGUUGCCAUGAUUGCUGGAAUAACUCAACCAUGUAUUUCAGUUACUGCAUGUACUGCUGGUUAGGACUUAAUGUUGAUGAUCCCAGAAUGCUUAUAAGCUAUUUUAUAGUCUUCAUGCUUGCUUGUUUCAAACUUCGUGCUGAUCAUUUGUCCAGCUUCUCAGGCUCAUCAACGUACCGUGAGAUGAUAUCUCAAUGUAAAAAUACAUUUGUGUGGAGAGACCUCUCUUUUGAAACUAAAAGCAUGUGGACUUUCCUUGAUUAUGUGAGGCUUUACUGCUAUUGCCAUCUACUGGAUCUUGUGCUUGCCUUGGUUUUGAUUACUGGAACUAUUGAGUAUGACAUUCUGCACCUUGGUUAUCUUGCUUUUGCGCUGGUUUUCUUUCGGGUUAGACUUGAAAUACUAAAGAAAAGGAACAAGAUGUUCAAGUACUUGCGCAUUUAUAAUUUUGCUCUCAUUGUUCUCUCUCUUGCAUAUCAAUCACCUUUUGUGGGUUGUUCUGGGAAGUGUGAGAACGUAGAUUACAUGUUUGAGAUGAUUGGCUUUUAUAAAUAUGACUAUGGGUUUAAGAUAACUGCAAGAUCAGCUCUCGUGGAAAUUAUCAUAUUUAUGCUGGUAUCACUUCAGUCAUAUAUGUUUUCCUCUAAAGAGUUUGAUCAUGUGUCUCGAUAUCUUGAAGCCGAACAAAUUGGUAUGAUUGUGCGUGAACAAGAAAAAAAAGCUGCACGGAAAACUGCACAGUUGCAACAUAUUCGUGAAUCUGAGGAGAAGAAACACCAGCGUAACCUGCAAGUGGAGAAGAUGAAGUCAGAGAUGCUCAACCUACAAAUCCAGCUUCACAGCAUGAACUCGGUUACAAACUGCGGUGACUCUCCUGUCAGUGAAGGCCUAAGAAGGAGGAGAAGUACUUCUCUUAACUUGAAUAAUGAUGCUGGGACCCCUGAUAAAGAAGGUUUUCCCAUGAAAAAGGAGCAGAUAAUUAGAGACACUUCUAACAUUGAAUUGCAUGAUUCUCCUGCAACAGGGAAUCUGGAAAACCUUGUUGUGGAUUCUAUGAGAAAUUCAAUGCAGUCAAGUCAUUGUGAGAUCACUGAAAUUGAAGAGGACGUUGCUGAUGGUACAGCUUUUGAUUCAGAGAAGAAAGAGAAGGAUAAAGGAAAAUCAAAGGAUAACCCACUAAUAUCAGCAGUUCAUCUGAUAGGUGAUGGUGUUUCCCAGGUACAGUCCAUUGGAAAUCAAGCAGUUAACAACCUUGUCAGCUUCUUAAAUAUUGACCAAGAGUCUGAUAUCCAUGAGCACUCUCCUGAGGAUGGGGUAUAUGAUGAGAUGGAGAGCCAGAAAACAAAGUAUUCCAGUUUUCAUCGUUCAUCUUCCCUGCAGUCUGAUAUGAGUUCAGAUGCCACAAGUCUGCAGUUAGGAAGGAUCUUCCGUCACAUAUGGUCCCGCAUGCGGUCCAAUAAUGAUGUCGUCUGUUAUUGUUGCUUUGUCAUCGUCUUUUUGUGGAACUUCAGUUUGCUUUCUAUGGUGUAUCUGGCAGCUUUAUUCUUGUAUGCACUGUGUGUCAAUUCUGGUCCAAGUUACAUAUUCUGGGUUGUCAUGCUCAUAUACACAGAGGUCUAUAUUUUGCUUCUGUAUCUAUACCAGAUUAUUAUCCAGCACUAUGGCUUAGGUAUUGCUUCAGAGCUACUGCAUGAGUUGGGAUUUCCUGGGCAUAAACUCCCGUCUUCUUUUGUUGUCGGUUCUUUUCCCAUUUUUCUUGUAUACUUAUUCACCCUCAUCCAGAGCUCUAUAACUGCAAAGGAUGGCGAGUGGAUGUCUUCUACAGACGUCAACCUCUAUAGGAGGAAUGCUUUCCAUGGAAAAGAGGUUCCUGUUGGUUAUAGCAGGACUGAUAGGGCAAAGGACCUGCAGCACAUACUUGAAAACUUCAUAAAGUUGAUAUUUAGAAGCUUCUAUAGGUACUGGGGAUCACUGACACAGGGAGCAGAGUCCCCUCCUUACUUUCUUCAGGUAUCUAUGGAUGUGUGCUCCUGGCCAGAGGAUGGGAUACAGCCGGAAAGGAUUGAGUCUGGAGUAAACCAGUUGCUUAGACUCAUCCAUGAUGAAAGAUGUAAGGCAAAGGAUCCUAAGCAAUGCCCUUUGGCUAGCAGGGUGCAUGUACAAAGCAUUGAAAGGAGUCAAGAAAAUGCAAAUGUGGCCUUGGUCGUUUUUGAGGUGGUAUAUGCCUCUCCCAUAACAGACUGUGCUUCGGCAGAAUGGUACAAGUCGCUAACUCCAGCAGCUGAUGUGGCAAAGGAGAUUCAUAAUGCCCUGCAUGCUGGCUAUGUUGAAGAAAUAGGAUUCCCAUACCCUAUACUCUCUGUUAUCGGGGGAGGCAAAAAGGACAUUGAUCUUUAUGCCUAUGUAUUUGGUGCUGAUCUAAGUGUUUUCUUUUUAGUGGCCAUAUUCUACCAGUAUGUUAUAAAAAAUAAAAGUGACUUUCUUGACGUAUACCAGCUUGAAGAUCAAUUUCCUAAAGAGUUUGUGUUCAUCUUAAUGAUUAUCUUUUUCUUGAUUGUGCUUGACCGAAUAAUCUACCUCUGUUCAUUUGCCACUGGAAAAGUGAUAUACUACCUUUUCAACCUCAUCCUCUUCACAUAUUCAGUUACAAAGUAUGCUUGGUAUAUGGAGCCUUCCCACCAUGCCGGAGAAUUAGCACUUCGUGCUAUAUUUCUUGCAAAAUCAGUAUCUCUGGCACUGCAAGCUAUACAACUUAGACAUGGAAUUCCUCAUAAAAGCACUUUGUACCGUCAAUUUUUGACCAGUGAAAUUUCACGAAUUAAUUACUUAGGAUAUCGACUAUAUCGUGCUCUGCCAUUCCUUUAUGAAUUGAGAUGUGCACUUGACUGGUCAUGCACAACUACAUCUUUGACCAUGUAUGAUUGGCUGAAACUGGAGGACAUACAUGCAAGCUUGUACCUUGUCAAAUGUGAUGCAGUCCUGAAUAGAGCAACGCACAAACAAGGAGAAAAGCAAACACAAAUGACCAAAUGUUGCAAUGGGAUAUGUCUGUUUUUCAUAUUGAUUUGUGUCAUUUGGGCUCCAAUGCUGAUGUAUAGCAGUGGUAACCCAACAAACAUUGCAAAUCCUAUUAAAGAUGCCAGUGUUCAAGUUGAUAUUAAGACAACGGGUGGAAGGUUGACCCUGUAUCAGAGCACCCUCUGUGAAAAGAUCGAUUGGGAUGAUGUUAAUUCUAAUGUUAAUCUUGAUCCUCAAGGUUAUUUGGAGCCAUAUAAUAAGAAGGAUGUCCAGUUGAUAUGCUGUGAAGCUGAUGCAAGUGUUCUGUGGCUUGUUCCCGAUGUCGUGCAGACCAGAUUCAUACGGUCCCUCGAUUGGGAGAGCAACAUGGCUAUAAGAUUUACUUGGGAACUUUCCAGGGAGAGACCCAAAGGCAAGGAAGUUGUGAAAUAUUACAGUUAUCCUGGUUUUGAGGAUCUUCCAGAACAAUCAGAUGUACAAAAGGUCCUGAAUGGCUCUACCAACAGCUUCAGGAUACACAAUGUCUAUCCAAGAUACUUGCGUGUAACUGGUUCUGGUGAUGUCAGGCCACUGGAAACAGGGGAAAUUUCCGUCACUGCAGACCUCGUUAUAAAUCGUGCUAGUUACCCAUGGUGGUGGUCCUUCCUUGACAUCAAUUCAUCAGAUGUCAAUGGAUGCGGUGGUUUGAGAGGACCCAUGGCCAUUAUUAUGUCUGAAGAAACACCACCACAGGGUAUUCUCGGCGACACGCUAAGCAAGUUCAGCAUCUGGGGUCUCUACAUAACAUUUGUUCUUGCUGUUGGCCGCUUUAUCAGACUUCAGUGCUCUGACCUAAGAAUGAGAAUCCCUUAUGAAAAUCUUCCCUCCUGCGAUAGGUUGUUGGCCAUAUGUGAGGAUAUUUAUGCUGCCAGAGCUGAGGGUGAGCUUGGUAUUGAAGAGAUCCUUUACUGGACACUGGUGAAGAUUUAUAGAUCACCACACAUGCUUCUAGAGUACACGAAACCCGACUAGACCAUACAUCAAAUUCUACGGUGCUCGGUUUAAUGCUGAUAUUGGGUUUGCCCAACACCCCAUUUAUAGACCUCGGUGAUACUGAAACCCGGUCGAUGUGGAAGGAAUACGAAACACAAUACUUUUGUAGCCAUGGAAAGCUCUGGCAGUGAUGUAUCUUGUCUUCCUCCAGCCAACAUCUCAUAGUUUAGCGUACCUUUUGCCCAAUCAAAGGGGACAAGAGCGGUUACAUGUGUACAUGUAUUUCAAAACGACUCUGGUUAUGUAAAUAGUUCCAUACAAGUUUAAUCAAGGUCGUCAUAUAGUUUUCAAGGAAAAUGUCUUGUAAAUAUACAUCAGUUGGGAGACUAUGAGCAAGGGAAUUGUUGCAGUC